GUGGCGGGGAGGAAUUUCUUGUUUAUUUUCGUGGCUGCUACCGCGCUGCUAUUAGCUUCGCCGACCGCUCGUACGUGUCGCCAUUUACACCAGGGCGACGGAUAAAACCCAUUCUCGGGACACUCGGAACAACUGCCAAGCGGUAACCGGGCUGCUAAGAACCGUUACAGAAAGAAAGCUUUCCAGACCUGCUUUGUAUCGACUGUAAGGCCUCACUGGUGAGAAAGAGAGAGCGAGAGAGCCUCCCCAAAGGCUGAAACCCUAGCAGCAGGAUGUCCAUCGCCAACACCCCCACGAGCAAUGACGCCUGCCUGAGCAUCGUGCACAGCCUGAUGUGCCACAGACAAGGCGGCGAGAGCGAGAGCUUCGCCAAGCGAGCCAUCGAGAGCCUGGUCAAGAAGCUGAAGGAGAAAAAGGACGAGCUGGACUCCCUCAUCACGGCCAUCACGACCAAUGGAGCCCAUCCCAGCAAGUGCGUGACCAUACAGCGCACUUUGGACGGCCGCCUACAGGUCGCGGGACGUAAAGGUUUCCCCCACGUGGUCUACGCGCGACUGUGGCGGUGGCCCGAUCUGCACAAGAACGAGUUAAAACACGUCAAAUACUGCCAGUAUGCUUUUGACCUCAAAUGUGACAAUGUUUGCGUCAAUCCGUACCACUACGAGAGAGUGGUCUCGCCAGGCAUUGACCUAUCAGGACUAACACUUUCAAGCACAGGUCCACUCAUGGUAAAAGAUGAGUAUGACUACGACAACCAGCAGUCUCACCCCAGCGCCGACAGCCACCUGCAGACCAUCCAGCAUCCUCCGUCCAGGCCCGGCCCGCCAGAGCCCUUCGGCAGCCCCGCGCUACUCCCGCCGCCGGAGGUCAGCGGCUCGGCUUCAGCGUCCGCCUUCUCCUCCAUCAGCGCGGGACCCUCAAGUGAGACAUCGAGUGCUCUUCGCCAUUCAACCGUUACGAUUGUCUCAAGUGAGUUUGCAACUUUUACAUUUACAGAUUCCACUCCCAACUGGAGCAGAAGCAGCAGCUUCACACCUGCGGUGCCCCCACAUCAAAAUGGUCACCUGCAACACCAUACGCCCAUGCCUCACACGGGGCAUUACUGGUCUGUUAGCAAUGAAAUCGCAUUCCAGCCGCCGAUCUCCAACCACCCGGCUCCAGAAUACUGGUGCUCCAUCGCGUACUUUGAGAUGGACGUCCAGGUUGGCGAAACGUUCAAGGUGCCCUCCACGUGCCCGAUAGUGACGGUGGACGGUUACGUGGACCCCUCCGGAGGCGACCGCUUCUGCCUGGGCCAGCUCAGCAACGUCCACAGGACGGAAAACAUCGAGAGAGCCAGGCUCCACAUCGGCAAAGGCGUGCAGCUGGAGUGCAAAGGCGAAGGAGACGUGUGGGUGCGCUGCUUGAGCGACCACGCCGUGUUCGUGCAGAGCUACUACCUGGACCGAGAGGCGGGACGUGCCCCCGGGGAUGCAGUGCACAAGAUCUACCCCAGCGCUUACAUCAAGGUGUUUGACCUUCGUCAGUGCCACCGGCAGAUGCAGCAACAGGCGGCCACGGCCCAAGCGGCGGCGGCGGCCCAGGCGGCGGCGGUGGCCGGGAAUAUACCCGGUCCGGGUUCUGUGGGCGGCAUAGCUCCUGCAAUCAGUUUGUCGGCAGCGGCGGGCAUCGGUGUGGACGACCUGCGCCGGCUGUGCAUCCUGCGCAUGAGCUUCGUCAAGGGCUGGGGCCCCGACUACCCGCGACAAAGCAUCAAGGAGACGCCCUGCUGGAUCGAGAUCCACCUCCACCGUGCUCUGCAGCUGCUGGACGAGGUGCUGCACACCAUGCCCAUCGCGGAUCCGCAGCCUCUUGACUAAAGAUAAAGAUGUCGUCGGAAGACUGCACUCGGAGGCCCAUGGAGCCUGAAGAGGACUGCGGGCGGCGCUGGGUCAGGCGGUAGGGGUAGAAGUGAGGGCACACGUGGUCACCAGUAAAGUGCAGUGGUGCCACUAGCAAUGCGGUACACUGGAGACACGCCGCCGUGCAUGCUGACAACCCAAGUCAGUAUUUUUAACCGAGCGCUCCAAAAUAAAUGGAACAAAGCAUCCACUCUGAUACAAGUACACAUGCAUCUCAAUAAAAUCAAAUAUGCUGGAAAAA